AUGUGGAACAAUCGUGUCUUGAGUCUUGGUAAAAGUGGGCACAGAGGUACAAAGUCAGUCGUUCGUUCGUUUUUUGCCACACCGCGCUUGAUCUUACGGUGUUCGUCUUCUUGUUAUUUCGUUUAGCCUUGCGACCAGUCUUACAUAACAGACUUUGCUCAAGUGAAGCUGUACCCAAAAUAACGACUCAUUACACCGUCGUACCGCGGGAAACUGAUGCAAGAUGGAAAGGUAAUGUUUUACUUUUCUUAAUUUUCAAGCAUUGCUUCACCAGGUGAUUUUAUUGCUUUACUCUGUGACAUAGAUUAACGCAGUCCUGUGCUCCCACUAUGUCAGACGCAACUGUAUUUGAUAUUUUUGCAGAAGUAGACAUGGAGAGAUUUUCGGACGAAGCCGAUGUAGUUAUAGUUGGUGGAGGACCGGCAGGCUUAUCAGCAGCAAUCAGACUAAAGCAAUUGGCUGAAGAAACAGGGAAAGAACUUAGAGUUUGUCUUGUCGAGAAAGCUGCCGAAAUCGGUAGGAUUUCCGCACUCUUUUUCUUGUUUCUGUCAUUGCUACGUUUGAAUUGAGCAUAGCAUAAAUCGUACGCUUCAUGGGGUUGGUCAACCAUUUAAAGUAACAUUUUUCAGCCCUUUGAGUCACAAUGAAGAGAUGUGAGAAAAAUAAAUUUAUAUUUUGUUCAUUUUUGAUCGGCCUACGUAUGUUACUGAGACGGACAGGAUUCUGGGACACCCCUCAUUCACACCCCCUAUCCACCCCUCCUGAGACAAGUGCAAAUUUGCAUUUUUCAGACACAUGUUGUAAGUAAACUCUGGUGCAGCUGCCAUUCUCAUCUCGUUGGUAGAAAGGACAGCACAGUUAAUCCACAAUUUGUUCUUUAAUUUUUUCCACUUCAUCAAGUUCACUUUUUAUUACAAUCCCUUGUUUCAGGUGGACACACUCUCUCUGGUGCCUGCCUGGAGCCAAGAGCACUUAAUGAACUUAUUCCUGACUGGAAAGACAAAGGGGUAAGUUAGCUGGGAUCUGAUCUAACCUGUAAUUACUCUUUCUUGGUGCCACACAUUUCUAAGUGAACCAAAUGAAACAAUUUUAAGUGUUUUGCGAAGAGAACUCCUCGUUGAUAACUUUGUGGAAAAGAUUUUUGUUGUAGUUCAUAAUAUUCUUAAACAAUGCUUUAGUCCAAAUGUGAUCAAUUUUCUGGCCAUUGUUUGCUUUUAUCAAAGAACAGUGUACAUGGUGAAUUUUGUGGUCAUACAAAAAUCUUGCCUCUUGGUUGUCAUGUUGUCCAAAUCUGUUUAAUGCAUGUGAAUAAAGUUGGAAGGAGAAACUAUUACCAUCAGAGCAAGAAAUUUCAGCAGACUUAUUCUAAUGUUCUGAUAAUGUUAAAAGAAAAUUAAUAUGUUUUCUUUAUUCUAAUGUUCUGAUAAUGUUAAAAGAAAAUUAAUAUGUUUUCUUUGAGAUCUUCAUUUGAAUAAUUUUACCAAAUUGCUCAAACUUCUUAUGUCAUCUAUAGCAAAAUGCUUAAGUUUGAAAUUAAACCAUAUUAUAAGGAAUAAGGAUUUUUUUUCUUUGCUUUGGUUUUUAUUAAACUGCUUUCUGCUUUACUAGGCACCUCUCAAUACACUGGUAAAGGAGGAUAAAUUUGCAAUUCUCACAGAGACUGGAAGGAUUCCUGUCCCCAUACUGCCAGGUGAGAUACAUACACAAGUAACUGGAUCUAAAGUAGGAGUCACUAUUAAGCAAGUGCUAUUUAAAAACACUUUGUCAAGAUCAUGGGAGGACAGGUGCAUUUUAAAGUAACAGUGGUUGCCACCUGUCAAAAGAACAAUGACACAAUUGUGGGUUGAUUUUAUAUUUUUACCAUAAAAUGGAAGGGAGGGAGGGAGCGAAACAAAGUUGGUAAAGGAGCAAAGGCAAAUUGAGCAGUAGGGCAUGGUUUUGACACUGCAAACCUCCUAAUAGGGACUCCUUCAUUGGAAAUCUCUUCUCUCUGUCUCUCUCUCUCUCUCUUUUUCUCUUUCCCCCCUCCCCCCCUCACAAAACGAUACUAUAAACAGUGUUUUGUAACCUGGAAUAGCUUCAUUAGAUUUAAAAGAGAUGAUGACAAUGAUGUUUGAUUAUCUAGAUUUUUGUUUCCUUAUUUCAUCAGGGCUGCCUAUGUACAACCAUGGUAACUACAUUGUACGUCUUGGAAAUGUUGUUCGUUGGCUGGGUGAGCAAGCUGAAGCAUUAGGUGUGGAAAUAUACCCUGGAUAUGCAGCCAGUGAAGUGAGUUGUCACUCAUAGUAGGAAUCUCGCCCAGAAUUUUUAGAGAUACAUGAGAUGAUAAGUUUUAAACACCCAAAAAAAAGACAAAGGACAUUAGUUCAAGUACUCUGAAACUGAAUGAGAAUCUACUAACAUAAUUUUUUUGUAGGAUUGGGUCAUAUCUCAGUAGGGAAGAAAAUUUCUGGCCUAACAUCUUUAACUCGCAAGAUUCUCCCCCUAGCUGCCACAUAUUUCUUUAUAAAUGGGUUACAAAAAUUUGGUGUUAAAUCAGGAUAACAACUUCUUCCUGAUCAGUUUGAUUAUUCUCAUUACCUGUUUGUUGGAUAACUUAUGGAUAUUAAAGGGAGAAGUUACGUGUUGAUCACUUAAGGAAAUUAAGGGGUCGAAAGUCAAAGUAACAUGUAUCAGAAUGGUAUGUUUUUAUUUUUAGUUUUGAAUUUGUCCUCAUGACCCAUUGCUAGGUGCUGUAUCACGAUGAUGGCAGCAUUAAGGGAAUUGCUACAAAUGAUGUUGGUAUCCAAAAAGAUGGCGCUCCUAAGGUAAGCAGAUGUUUCAAUCUGCAUGACGCAUCAUGAAAGAAUGUUAUCAUAAUAAUAGCUUACUUGUGUUUGAUAGAAAUGGUCUGUGUAAAAGGGAAUUCUUAAUGUAGUGGAACCGAGGAUUAGCAAGGUUGAAAAUAGAAAGAUAAGGCUGAGUGGUCAUUGAUAUCAGUGUCCUGACUCAAGUUCUCAUUGAAAAUUCUCCUAACUCUCUGUCGUACAUUCACUAUAAAGACUGUUUUGAGAAUAUGAGAUUAAUGUGAGGAUUGAUGAUGGUAUAUGCAUUCAUUCACAGCCAACAUUUGAGCGAGGCAUGGAACUUCAUGCAAAAGUGACCAUAUUUGGUGAGGGAUGUCAUGGCUAUCUGGCCAAGAACUUGUACAAGAAGUUCAACCUGCGUGAAAAGUGUGAUCCACAAACAUAUGCCAUUGGGCUCAAAGAGGUAAUUCUUGACUUGUAGUUUAAGUAAUAAGUUGGUGUUCUUCAUAUUUCUUUAUUGGUCUCUCAAGAUUUUUGGGUGUAUCCCUUUUAGUUCUGUAUAUUUUGACAAGGAUUUCUGGCUGAUUGUAACCCUUAAGCUCUGAUUCUAAUUUUUCCCUUUAACUGCUAGACAUUUCCUUGUAAAUUAUUUACCAGAAUUUGGUGUUAGAUCUAGUUAGCAAGUUUCACCUGAUAAGUUUAGGCAUUCUCAUCAUCCUUUUCCUGGCAAAUGUAUGGAUAUAGUAGGAAGAAGAUGCGUGUAUAUCUCUUCAGGGAGUUAAAGUAUUAACAAUUAUUUUCUUGCGUGAUCAAAACCAUCAGUGCUGUGCUCUGCCAGAAAGAAAGUGAAGCAUCAAGUUGAUUAUCCACUUAAAGCUUUAAACAGCACAUGAAAGGUCAAAGUGAAUUGUGAAAAGUUGAUAUCUGACAGUGUGAUCACUAACCUUGCAACUCUUUGCACCAGUGAAAGGCUAAGGGUGACUCCUAAAAAUAUUAGCUUCUUAAAAUUUGCUCCAGUGGUUUAUAAACCUUAUCAACCUCCAUUGAAUAAUCAAAGUAGUGAUUUUAGUUCAGUACAUAGACCCAGAACUCAUGUAAAAGGUGUUAAUUUUCAAAGAAACAAUGGUGCUAUGUGGGGCUUGGUAUUAUCAGAUGAUUUGAUGUUAUCAUCUGAGUUGAUAAUGGACACAGGCCAAUCAUAAAGAGUUUAAAGAGCUGAAGUUUUGAGUGGUAGCCCUUAGUCAAAGCCAGAAGUUAUAUAGUGUCUAAUUCAAGGCUGUUUUUAUGUAGCUUUGGGAAGUAGCUCCUGACAAACACCAUCCUGGAAGAGUAGAGCACACUGUUGGCUGGCCUCUGGUAUGUUUUGAUUGAAAUUAUAUGAAUUGUGUGAUGCACUCUUAAUGUGAUCUUUAGUAAAACUUAAAGACUCAUAGUAUCUCCAAGAGACUUCCUAUGAGGAUUUUUUUAACUUUUUUCUCUAACAGGAUAAAACCACAUAUGGAGGUUCAUUUCUGUAUCACCUUGAUGAGGAAACACCUUUGGUUGCUGCUGGUUUUGUGGUAAGUGGAUGACAAAUGGACAUCACAAGAAAUUCAGCUUUUUGCAAUUGCAAAUGGUGGCAUUUUGUGUCCACCAGUAUGGUAAAUUUUUUGUUUUCAAUGUUUUUUUUAUGACAUGGUGUCUUUUCUUCUGGGUUAGGUUGGAUUGGAUUACAGCAAUCCCUAUUUGUACCCAUUCAAAGAAUUUCAGGUAACUUGUGUCAUACAAAUUUUGUCCUUUACUUUUUAGCAUGUACUCUAAAUAAGGACAGUUUGUUCAUGUUUGUCAGCACCUUAGGAAAUGUCUAGAGAAUAACACAGAGGAUAUAAAAUACUGAUGUUAGGGUGUAAAGAGUUAGGUAACUCUAUGAGUGACCAAGACAGAAUUUCUCCUUACCAUAUCUAAAUAAUAUCACGCAGGCAAGUGAUGAGAAUAAAGAAAAAUACCAAUUAUGGGAGUACUAAUUGAUCUGAUAUUAAAUUCUCCAAACUAACAUAAUGAGAAUCAUUUGGCAGACAGUAAGGAGAAUUACUAAUGAGAUCUUGGGAGUUAAAGAAACAAACCAAGAACACAUGUGAGUCUGGAUGCUCAGUUCUGAUGAAGUACAUAUACACACAUGGUGAAAGCAUAAAUUCAAAAAUGGCCUGGUGGAAUUCUAAGUUUCAUGCUAGUGUCUUUUACAGCUUUGUGCCCAGAGCAAAGGUCCUUCAGUUCUUGUCAAAGUGAUCCUAUUAAUUGAUUAUGUGUUGCACUCUAGCGUUUCAAGCUUCAUCCCUCAGUAAAGCCAACAUUUGAAGGAGGCAAACGGAUAGCCUACGGUGCAAGGGCACUCAACGAGGGUGGAUAUCAGGUUGGAACAUUUUCAUCAAACUCUUUAGGCCCUUUCCAAUGACCUCCCAUCUUGUGAUUUCUUAUUUAUUCUAUUUUCAUUAUUUAAUCAUCGCUGUAUGUAUUUUCAGUCUAUACCCAAACUGGCCUUUCCUGGCGGUCUUCUUGUCGGCUGUAGUCCUGGAUUCAUGAAUGUUCCAAAGAUCAAGGGAACCCAUACUGCAAUGAAGUCUGGCAUGCUUGCAGCAGAAAGUGUAUUUGAAGCAAUAACUGAUGAAAAUUUUCCCUGUGAUACACAAGGUAUUUGUACUGAAUUCUCUUUCUUGAAAAUAAGUUAAAUUUGAUUGGGACAGUCUUAACGGUAAUAAAAAAUUGAAUAUUACAUAGGGUGAAGAGUUGACUAAAAAUUUAUUUCAUUAACGUUUUGCAGUAUGGAAAAAAGCCGGUAAAAAGUUUUUGUCGAUUAGAAAGUCAUUUGUCAAUGAGUAGUUUUGACCUGACAAGAAGCCUAUCUCAUGGGACAAAACGUUUUUUUAAACUGGAUCUCAAAUGCCCUGUAAAAAUGUCCAAUCAGGUAUUGAAACUUUUGCCAGUCAAAACCUGAUUUUUAGCAGACAGUUGCGGGUGAUCGCUCGCUAUUUGCUGCCAUGGCAUACAAUUUGUCACGUUAGGUUAUUUUCUUAUUAUCUUCUCUGCUUUAACUGCUUUAACUCCCCUCAGGGUCUAAGGUAGGACUUCUCCUUACAAUAUCAAGCAGAUUAGUGACAAAAAUAAAGCAAAAUAUGACUUAGGGGAUCAUUAACUAAUCCAAUACCGAAUUCUUCGAACUACCAUGAUAAGAAUUGUAUGGUGGACAUGGAGGAAUUUUGCUAAUGAGAUCAUGAGAGUGAAGAGUGAAGUCAUUAUUUGUAAUUUAAUUUUGAUAACUCUUUAUCUGUUUUAAUCCCAUUGUCGGGUUUGUAGUACCCCUUUUCACUGCAUUCAUUCAAAGUCACAUCAUAUUUAAGAUCGUGCGCCUUUCCUUUUCUGUGUCAGGCCUGCUUGUGAAUUCAUACGAGUCGCGGCUAAAGGAGAGCUGGAUCUGGAAGGAACUUGAGAGCGUGCGCAACAUAAGACCCUCUUUCCACAGCCCCUUGGGUCUAUAUGGCACCAUGUUGUAUACGGGUAUUUUCUAUUACAUAUUUCGCGGCAAGGAGCCAUGGACACUGAAAAACGACAAACCUGAUGCGGAACACUUAAAACCCGCCAAAGAAUGUAAAGCGAUCGAGUACCCUAAACCCGACGGAGAAGUUACCUUUGAUUUGCUGUCUUCUGUUGCUCUCAGCGGAACAAACCACGAGGGGGAUCAACCGGCGCAUUUAACCCUACGGAAUGACUCCGUACCCGUCGAUAUAAACCUGGCGAUUUACGACGGACCCGAGCAGAGAUUUUGCCCCGCCGGGGUCUAUGAAUAUGUCCCCAAGGAGGAGGGAGAUGGAAUGAGGUUGCAAAUUAACGCCCAGAACUGUCUGCACUGCAAGACAUGUGACAUUAAAGAUCCCAGACAGAAUAUCGACUGGGUAGUUCCCGAGGGGGGUGGGGGGCCGGCAUACAAUGGAAUGUGAUGGAAAAUUACCGUUUGGUGAGGUACCGAAAAGAAAAACAAUGAUACUAUCUUUAAGUUAUUUUAAAGCGUCACAGCUUUCCGUGAAAUUAUUGGCGAUAAUCGAACUGUCGAGGGACAGGUAUUCGGUAAGGUCUCGCAAUUUGAGAUCGUGUCAAAGCAAAUUCUCAAAAGCGCUGAACUUCAUGUGUUUCGAAUCGCUGUUUUUAACUAUCUCGCAUUAAAAUUUUUUUCACAUUUUGUUUCUCUACAAAGUAAUUCACUUCUGUCACGGGAAAUACUGUAUGUUUUAUAAAACCGAAGAUAUUUAAAAUCGACAAGCGCAUGAUGAAUUGCACAUGAACUCUCGUUCCCUAAGGCCGCGUUGACCUCAUCCACCGGAAAAAGAAUAGGAUAGAGGUUUGCGCUUCAUGCUACAUUCUUUUAUGCAGAAAAAAAUUAGAUCACAAGGAAAUAAACAGCCUAUUUCAAUGCUGUCGCUGUUCAAAGUUUCAUUAACAUUGUUAAUUUAGCAAAUGUCUAUUUCAAGCGGUGAGAACUCUGAUUAUAAUUAAAAUUCGCCAGAUUCUUUUU